ACACAGGAGAUCUUUCGUUAAAAAAUGGUUCUACGGUUGGCUGCCCAAUUCGUAGUCGUAAUCGCCAUGAUCCCAACUUUCUUUGCCGAAAGAAGAAUGUUGUUAAAUGAGGAGUUUGAUUCCAUGGAAAGAUGGGAGCAUGUUGUCACAUCCUAUCGAAUGGGUGAAAAUCAAUUUCAAUAUUACACCCGUCGGCCAGAAAACAGUUUUAUUAGAGACGGAAAACUCUUCAUUAAACCCACUUUAACAACAGACCGUUUCGGCGAAAAGUUUUUACAUAACGGCAAGUUCAACCUUAAGAGAGAAGGCUGUAAUCUGGCUGUGGGUGGAGGAUGCGUACUCAAAGCAAAUCUUGAUAUAGCCAAUCCUAUCCAGUCAGCUGCUUUAGUUACAAAAGCAAAGUUUAGUUUUACCUAUGGGACACUGGAAGUUCGAGCAAAAAUGCCCCGUGGCGAUUGGCUGUGGCCAGAAAUAUCCCUAAUGCCAGCGAAUAAUGUCUACGGUGAUUGGCCGUUAUCAGGCUAUAUAGGUUUAGUAUCAGUCAGAGGGAAUGACAACUUCACUUGCCAAGGGCAAUCGAUGGGCAAUGAUGUGAUGGAAUCCAUCUUAGAAUGGGGUCUUAGCGAAGACAUCAAUCAUGCCAGAUCAAUGACGUGGAUGAGCAAAGCUCAGGGAAACGUUAGCUUUUCUUCUGAAUUUCGAACUUAUCGGUUAGAGUGGAAUCCAAAUGGACUCCAUACAUUUGUUGACGAUCAGAUCGUGGGUUCCAUACAGCCACCAGAAACUGGUUUUUGGGGAUUAUCUGGAUUUCAUAACACAGAUCAUAAUCCUUGGGCUAAUGGCACUAUAAUGGCCCCAUUUGACCAAGAGUUUUUCAUUGCCAUUAAUGUGGCGGUGGGUGGGGACUUAUUUCAAGAUAACUGCGCCAGUUAUCCGUACCCCAAACCAUGGAACAAGUCGUCACCUGUUACGCCCAUGAGCUCAUUUUGGAACAAGAAAGAUGAAUGGUAUCCUACGUGGUCUCAGUCAUCCGCAGACGAUUCUGCUUUGCAAGUUGAUUACGUUCGCGUUUAUGCUCACUAGUAACAGAUAAGCGAAUUCAGCAUAGCCAUCGAAUUUCCAUUAUGACAUUCACAAAUUAGGUAACCUAAAGAUGCGCAUGCGUUCUUAUCAACGCAUGCGCAAUUCGUAAACUGAUACAAUGAGUCUAAAAAAAUCGUUUAAAUUAAACUCAGCAAAUAAACAAUCAGAACAUUA